AAGGGCAGUAACCUAGUCAUCAUUCAAAGUGAGAUACCAGAGAAAGGAAGAAGCAGAUGAGAACAUGGACACUGUGGAAGUAAACAAAUUUGAGGCAUUGCCACUUCUGUCAUUGAAUCAUGUCUCACUCUUGUGUAGAUCGGUUUGGGAUUCGAUGCGGUUCUAUGAAGAAGUAUUGGGCUUUGUUCCCAUCAAACGCCCUUCUUCUUUCAAGUUCAAUGGAGCUUGGUUGUAUAAUUACGGCAUUGGGAUACACUUAAUUGAGAAUCCAUCCAUCGAUGAUUUUGAAGAUAUCGUUGAACCACGACCGAUUAAUCCUAAGGAUAAUCACAUAUCAUUCCAGUGUACAGAUGUUGGCCUUGUCUUAAGGAGGCUGGAAGAUAUGGGAAUGAAGUAUGUCACAGCUUUGGUCGAAGACGAAGGGAACAAGGUUGAACAGGUGUUCUUCCACGAUCCAGAUGGUUACAUGGUUGAGCUCUGCAACUGCGAGAACAUUCCAAUCAUUCCCCUUUCUUCAUGCUCAUUCAAGCCAAGGCUAAGCAGUUUCAUAAAGUCUGCACCGACUAAGUGCGGAUUCAUGGAAAACGCGAUGAUGGAGAGCUUGAGCAUGGAAAUGCUCAACAUGUCGUUUUGAAAUUGCACCAGAG